CAGAAGCGCGUGACCGUUGAAGCUAUGGCGAUGAACCGGACCGGGUUAUGGAGCUCGUGUUCGGAUUACUGAACCGAGCCUGGAUCCUCACGGGACUUUCUGACUUGACGAAUGACAAGAGAAGCAAGAAGAUGGAGGAAAAAGCGCUGGAGGUGUAUGACGUGAUCCGGACGAUUCGUGAUCCGGAGAAGCCCAACACUCUGGAGGAGCUCGACGUCGUGACGGAGAAGUGUGUGAGUGUGCAGGAGCUCGGAGACGAGGAAUACCUCAUCAUCAUUAAGUUCUCUCCCACCGUCCCACACUGCUCUCUGGCCACGCUGAUAGGUUUGUGUUUACAAGUCAAACUUCAGCGCUGCCUGCCGUUCAAACACAAGCUGGAGAUUUACAUAACCGAGGGAACGCACUCGACCGAGGAGGAUAUUAACAAACAGAUCAACGAUAAGGAGCGCGUGGCGGCCGCCAUGGAGAACCCGAACCUGCGGGAGAUCGUGGAGCAGUGUGUUACUGAACCAGACGACUGACACACACACACACACAGAUCAUGUCUGAUGAAACUAGAAAACUAAGCCCAGCAGGACUUUUGCCAGAUGAGAAGUUGCCUGGAUGAAGCAAGAAGGUCUUUCCCGUUUGUUUGUUUGUUUGUUUCAUUCCUCAAGCUGAGAGACAACACACACACACUUCCUGGGUAAACAAUCAAAAUGUUGCAUCAACUCAUAAAAGAACACCUUUAAAGGUUCGUUCCCCUAAACAGACGAACCCUUAUGUUCCCAAACAUCAGACUUUCUGUGUGUGCAACGCGAGCUUCUGUUUUCAUAUAGUCAGAGGGGAUUUGACUAUGAACUGCUCAAGAAAGGCACUAAAACCACAUUAAAAUGAUCAUUUAUGAGCAAAAAAUAAAUAAAAAAUAAGACACCGACAAUAAUAUUUUAAGGAAACAAAGGCAAAUUUCACACUUAAGUUGCCGGGGACAUUCAGAUCCUGCAGAUUAUAUGUGAGAUGAACUAGUUUUUAAAGUUAUUAUUUCUUUUUUUGUGAUGGACAAUGAUGAGUUUGUAAAUAACUUGAUUUUAUAAGGGAAAAGUCUAUAUUUGUAGAACUCCGGGUGUUAUGAAUAAAACCUUUCUCGGAGAAGUGACGCGAGAAGCAUGUGUUUUUGCAGAUAUGGUUCCCAGGCUCAUGGAAAACAUGGAAAUAUUAACCAUGGGGUUUUAUAUAUGUGUGUUUUAUAGGCCUGGGGAAGUCAUUAACUUAAUAAAAUCAUUUUUAAAAAGCA